CUCGUGCCGUGAUAAAAACAACAUAACCUCGGUGAAUCUGGAUACUGGUGAACCGAGUAAAGUGCUUUAUUGAUUUAGAAAAAACCAUUAAGAAUUUAUUUACACAAUGCCAGUGCAACUCAUCGGUCGCACCACUGAUUUUUGUGGAAAAACUCUUUGGGAACUCGUUGGCAAUCUCAAAAAUCAUGGAAAAGACAGAAUAGUCAUCAGGCAGCGGUUUCAACGUUACCCUGAGCCCUGUUUCAUAAAAAUUUUGAAAGUCGGAGCUCUACCUCCAGAGGUUUUCACGUCACCCAAACAUGCGCCAAUACACAGUCGAAAAUGUAUGGCUCUGGUAGAAACGACAUUCAGAGGAAAAAAAGAUUCACGCAUAAGUCAGAUGGAUCGAUCAACCUACAAAACUGAUUUUCGAUUGGUACCAAAAGACGAGGAGCAUAAGUAUCUGAACUGGAUUGAUCGUCCUGAAGUGAUUUUACCAAGAACGAUGGAAUUACCUCCUCUAUUACGUGAAAUUAUGGUGAGGAAUCUCAGGGCGAAGGGACAGAAAGUCGAUACACCUCCACAAAUGACGAUACAGUACAAUAAGACAGGUAUCAAGAUCUAUCGAGUUGCUGAGGAAGGAGAGACACCUACGAUUGUACCCACUAUUUCUCUGGGUCCACCAGCCAGUCCUCAACUCUAUACAAAUGUCAAACCCAUUUAAUUAAGGGGUAGUUGAACAUACCGGAGCUUUAAUUGUACAGUCAUUGAAAAUAUAACAUUUGUAAGUUGAA